AUGUCCAACCAUAUGCCUACUACUACUAUAUCCACUAUAUCUCUUCCAGAGAACAAGAAGAAGAAUGAACUAGAUGAUGACCAAGAGAAUCACAACUUGGACACGGAUCUAGGUCGUCUCUCGCGUCUUUCAGCCACGUUUGCUAUAAAACUCAACCAAAUUCACCACAUUAAAAUCUGCGCUACGUACGAUGUAAAUGGCAGUGGCCCCACUGUUUACGUCAUGAAUGUUUACUUGCGGUAUGUACAAAAGGGUCUUCCACCACCGUCAAUGCUGCUAGGCGAAAGCGUCAAGCAACGGAAAAGACGGCUACAAUUAGAGCGAGAACGCGAACGACCCAUGUACCAGGUAGAGCAUCGCUACUCGGCGUUCCGUGAGCUGCGGAGACGUAUCAUGAAGAUUGUCAGCGCUAAAGGAGAGAACAAGUACCAUCAGCACUGCUCGUACUGCAGUCGCGUCAUGGUUAUCGACUCGUCGACCAUUUUUCCACCACGUGUGCCAAAUUAUGGGCUCGUGGCGUCAUGCACAGGCUGGCGGCAGAUCUGCACAUACGUCCGCAAGCGACAGCUCGAGCGCUUUGUCAACCAGUUGCUCUGGGCAGCAAAGGAUAUGUCUUAUCGCACUGGUAGCGGGCGAUGUGAGCGGUUUCUUGUGGUCUCCCAGGUCCUUAACUCGUUUCUAUCGUCAGCGACCAUGGGAACGACGGAGAGUUUGUGGUGA